GCUAAAACCACUCUAAUCUCUCACUAAUUCUCAAAACUCCAUCACCACAAAAAUCCAACCGAUCAACAACCAAAAUAACUUAUUGUUGAAUUGAAUGGACUGUUGCCUCCCCUACACUAAUCCACGAUUCCCGACUAAUACACUAAUUUAGUGCUGCUGACCAGCAAGAGCAAAUGCGAGUUCAGCGGCUUGAGCGGGAGGCUUUUGACCGGCGUUUGUUUCGACGAUCGCGGCGGUUGCAGCUCAGCCUCGGCUCCGGUGAAGCUUGCCUCCAUAGGGCAAAAUCCAACGCCACGGACAGCUGGGCCACGACUGAGGUACAAAGGUUUCACCUUCGUGAAAUGUAUACUGCUUCCAUCUUGUAUGGAUACUUCUUGAAGACUGCUUCCUUGAGUUACCAACUCGAACGGAGUCUAGACAUCAGCAGCUCCCACUACGGCCUUGCUGGUCAAGGCCAGCAUCCCAUUUCAGAGAUGUUUACUUUAGGAUCCAACUACGUCGCCCAUGGCCAUGUCAGCAGCCCAAGAUCCACCCCAGCAAGUCCAGUUUCGUAUUCUCCGGGAAAUAAACCUAGGAGUUUGAGAUUCUACAUGAUGGGAUUUGUCCACGAAUCAGUUCAGAUAUGUGCAAAGCCGAUGUCAAUGGAGGCGGUGAAUCUUCUUCAGAGACACAGCUCUGCUCUAUUCGGAGAUGAGGAGACGGGCAUGCUUGAAAAAGAUGACGUGCUUACUACCUCAUUCACAAGCCUCUUGAAGCUGUUGCUUUUGGGUCCUUGCCGAGAACUUUGUGAGCGAUGUAUAUAUGCUCAAGGAAAGCUAACUACGCCCUUACUGCAGCGCCUUCUGUGCUCGUUUAUUGAGUAGAAGAGGAUGCUUUCUUGCUUUCAUAUAUUGAGGUGAUGUAUAUAUUUUAUGCUACACGUUAAAGACUCGAUUCAUAUCUUACUUUUCUCUGGCUCAUUAAUUCUAGAAUCUGCUAUGCUAGUAUUAUUAUUAUUAACAUAGUUUUCUGCCAGUCAUUCAUCAACCUCAAAUUCUUUAAAAGCUCCAAUGAAUCUUGAUUCUCCACUUAGGAAAUUAAUUUCCUUGAUGACUUUGAAUUGUUAAUAUGUGAAGACAACAACUACCCCUCUAAAAUACAUACAUAUCAUCAUCUAAACUCAAAAUUCAACGCUCACAAACCAUACAUCACACACAAUCAGUUAAUCAUUUCAACAAACUCCCUCAAUGGCUGUGUUCCUCCUCAAGCUCAUCUUCUCCCUCGUGUCCGCGCUCUCAAGCCUGCUGACACGCCUCAUCUUCAACGGAGCAGCCCACGUAGUCGUGCAGAUGAUCCAAGUUAUGAAAGUCCAAGGUGAGAGCAGCCAGCGCCUUCUAGAUCAAGUCAAGGUGCUGAUCACGAAAUGCAUGGAGAUGUUGAUGAACCUCAUAGUCAAUGCCGUCGUCUCUGUCUUCUCCUCCUCCUUCAAUCUCGUCAAGGAAGGGCUGUUUUCCUCUUCGUCUGGGCUGGCUGCAGCGGUGGCUGGGUUGUUGGAGAAGUCGAAAACUUCGUUUGAAGAUGCGUUGAAAGAUGUACCGGAGGUGUUGGACGCGUUCACAGCGAUGCUUGGCAAGAUUAUCGCGGAUUUCGUCAACAACUGCAGUCAGGCUGUGGCUUAUGUUACUGAGAAUGUUUUUUAGUGACAAUUCUUCAUUUUUGUUGCUUCAAUCAGAAUAGUUGGAUUAGUGAUUUUUUUUUCUUGUGUACAAAAGCUACUUGAAUCAGAAGUAUUGUUCGUGUAAA